AACGCCAACAAUAACUGCAACGCACAUAAUGGUAUCGGUGUGACUCCAACCACUGGAAGACCACAUAACACUGCAGCAAAAACCAGCGUCAUCCUGAACGGGACAGGGAGACAGGGACACUUGGAACCAGAAGUAGAUAUGGAGACAGAGGAGGAAGAGGAAGAAGAAGAGGACAAUUCUUCGCUGGAGACCACAACACCUGAACUUGCAUCUCCCAGCUCAGUGAAAGCUGUGAGAGAGUGUGGCAGAAGUCAUCAUCACGUUCACCACCACCGUCUGCAGGAGCCGCAGACUGGCACCCAGUUCCCCAUGUCUGGCGACCUCCCUAGCAUGGACCCAAGCCUGCCCUCACCCUCACUGGGGUUUGAGCUCGCAGAGCAUGAAGGUGUAUCCAGUCCUCCAAGCAGCCCCAACUCACCAACCUCUGCCAGUUACGGUAGCAGUCGUCCCCACCCUCUCCCCUCUCACUUCACCUCCUCCCCCUCCCCUCCCACCCUCACCACCACCAGUCCCACCCCUUCCCAGGUGCAGCUGGCACCCAUCACACACAUCCGCACCACUCUCACAACCACACCUCCCCCUCCUCCCUUCCUCCUCUCGUGUUCGAGUCACACGUCGUCCACCACGGGCUCCAUCAGUGGACCGAGCAGCUGUGAGCAUCUCGGUGGUGUCGAGGAAGGAGACCCCCAGGAAAUGGAGGGUUUGGGGCCCUACACUUGCCUUUGGGACGACUGUAACAUGGAGUUCCCAAACCUAUCUUACCUGGUGGCCCACUUGGACCGUGGCCACACGGCCACCAUGGUCACCUACCGCUGCCUGUGGCACGAUUGCCAGCGCGACCGGAAACCGUUUGAUGCCCGCUACAAACUCAUAACCCACCUCCGCUGCCACACCGGCGAGAAGCCCUACAAGUGUGACGUGAAGGGGUGCUCCCGUUCGUUUUCCCGCCUGGAGAACCUAAAGCUGCACGUGAGGACACACACGGGGGAAAAGCCGUAUGCCUGCCACUACGAGAACUGCAACAAGCGGUUCAACAACACCAGCGACCGGGCCAAGCACAUGAAGACCCACAUCACCCGCAAGCCGUACGCCUGUAAGAUCCCCGGGUGCACCAAGAGCUACACGGACCCUAGCUCCAUGAGGAAGCACGUCAAGUUUGCCCACCGGAUCAGGGAGGGUAGCUCGGAGAGCAGCAGCAGCAGUGGGAGCACCGGAGGCUCCAUUCCCUGGCACAGGAGAUCUCCUCGGAAGCCGUCUUCGCCGAGUCAGCUGGUGGCCCCCUCUCUGCUAGGUGCUGAUUCCCUCCUCCACUACUCCAUGCCAUCCCUCACCAAGAUCACUUCUCUUCCUACUACUGCCAACCGGAUGAGUGUCAUUAGACAGGAGAGUGUGACAGGGGUCCCUUCUGUUUUUCCUCAACCUCAGUUCUCGUACGUCAUUGCGCAGCCUUCUCCAACGGCCUCGACCACCCUGGCCAGCCCUCUGCUCCAGACUUCGCCGUCAUCUGUGGUGUCUGGUUCAGGGCAACCCCUGCUGCCCCUCCCUAUCCUCCAGGUGCCAGCCACCCCAGCCACUGGGGCUGGGCUCUCUGGUGGUGGUGUCGCGACAACACCAGCUCCUCCCGCUGGCUUCCAGCCAGUGAUGAUGCAAAUAGAGGGCACGGAUCAGAUGGUGGUGGUCUUUGUUCCCAGCAGCUCUGUCUCUACUUUUGCAUUGGGAGCAGCCAAGCCAGGUGAGAGUUCGAGAGAGGGUGAGGAGGACCCUGUGUCCCCAUCUCGGCAACAAAUGGCGUCUCUCUACAGCAGACCCUCCGUGCUAGUGUCGCCAUCUCAGACAAGUCAAAACAGAACACCCCCGGGUACCAUGCCCACUCUGCUCCCCGCCGGAAUUGUACCAGCCGCCACUCCUACCCGAUCGCUGGACAGUAGUACAUCAUCAGUGGAGUACCAAGUCAGAAUGCAAGUUGCACACCUCCAGCAACAGCUGCAGAGCACCUACCCACAGGGGACCGCCUCACAGACUACUACCCAACCCCCUUCCCUCGCCAACUACCCACUCGUCCAACUACCCAGCACCCCACUAGUAGCAAGGAUGACAGCUCCCUCUCCACUAAAGGCAGAACUGGCUGUACCCACCAUGAAACAAGACCCUGUACCUAUCACCGUUCACAUGACACCGCAAACUGUAGCCUCGUCCUCAGAAACACCGAUUCUGAUCCCGAGACAGGGAAUUGUGCUCAACACUGUCCAGUCACAACUCUUGCCAACGUCGCAGGUUGCACAGUACAUGCAGCCGCCCGGGUUCAUGCAGUUGCCUCAAUUUUCAAACGUCGCACCGGUCAAUGUCACCCAGACUCUAGCCCAGUCCUCUUCCUCCUCCCGUCUCCUCACGUCUGCCUCGCCCCAGGGUUCAAAGUCGCCCAUGUCCAUCAAACCCCUGACCGUCAUCCAGCCGUCGCAGUAUGUGGGGUAUGGUGGGCCAGCUACGGUCGUUCUCAGACCUGGCCAGGUCUUCUCUGUCAUGUCAUCUCCUUCCCACGUCCUCCUGCCACCUGGAACGCUAUCAAACAUAACCAGGAGUUGACUUGACCCCUCACACAUGUCAAGCAAAACCAAGCAUUAAUGUAAUCCACUUCCAAUAGGAGAAUUAUUCUUUUCACUUAUUUUUGUUUACUUUUCAGUCACUUCUGGAGUUUAUUUUGUCAGAAAUUUUCAUCCCCUAACCUCCCUCCCCGCACCCAAUCUUCCCCAUUACUAUCAACAGCCACUGGCUGUACUAGCUUACUCAGGUAUCGGCACCUUGUUUAUGUGAUCAUGUCAUCACCAUCACUGGAAUUUUAUUAAACUACCCAUCUUUUUAAAUUUUAAUAAGUGCAAAAUGUGAACUGUAUUAACUAUGAGUGAAAUACAACGCGCUUGGCUGUCGGUUAUGAUCAAAUCCUGCCAUCAUGGGCUACUUACAGAUACA